ACAACUAAAACUCAUAAGAUCAGAUUACAGUCAUGGAAACCCGAAAAACUAAGGCUUGCGUAGUCGGUGGAACCGGAAACCUGGCCUCAAUGCUCAUCAAACAUUUGCUUCAGAGAGGAUACUCCGUUCACACUACCGUCAGAGAUCCAGAGAACGAGAAGAAAACCGCUCAUCUUAGGGCUCUACAAGAACUGGGCGACCUCAAGAUUUUCAAAGCGGACCUUACAGAUGAAGACAGCUUCACUGAUCCUUUCUCGGGUUGUGAAUUCGUCUUCCAUGUCGCAACGCCUGUGAACUUCUCUUCCAAAGAUCCCGAGCGUGACAUGAUCAAACCAGCGAUCGAGGGAGUGAUGAAUGUGUUGAAAACGUGCUCGAAAACCGAGUCAGUCAAGCGCGUGAUUUACACUUCCUCAGCUGCUGCUGUUUCCAUAAACAACCUGACUGGUCCUGGGCUAGUUAUGGACGAGAGAAACUGGACUGACAUCGAGUUUCUGACAAACGAGAAGCCUCUUAACUGGGGUUAUCCCGCCUCGAAGACGCUUGCAGAAUCCGCGGCCUGGAAGUUUUCGGGAGAGAAAAACAUCGAUCUCGUCACCGUCAUUCCAGUCCUCUUGUCGGGGACAUCCCUUCUGUUAGACCCUCCUAGUAGCUUGUCUCUUUCAAUGUCUCCGAUCACAGGGGACGAGUUCUUCCUCAACGGCUUGAAGGAGAUGCAGAAGCUUUCAGGUUCGAUCUCAUUGGUCCACGUUGAGGAUGUAGCUCGUGCACACGUGUUUCUCGCGGAGAAAGAAACCGCUUCUGGCCGGUACAUUUGCUGUUCGUACAACUCAAGUGUUCCGGAGAUCGCGGAGUUUCUCAGGCAGAGAUACACUCAUUACAACGUCGUAUCUAACUUCGGGGAUUUGCCAUUGAAGGCGAAGCUUACAUUUUCAUCAGAGAAGCUCAUCAAUGAAGGGUUUCGGUUCGAAUUCGGAAUCAACGAGAUUUAUGAUGAGACGAUAGAGUACUUCGAAUCCAAAGGACUGCUCAAAGAUGAGGAAUCUUCUUGUGAAUGAUUCUCUUGCCAAAUGGAUAAAGAUUCAAGAUUCUCAUCCUGUUUGCUUAUUAUAUUUUGUGUGGUUUUGUUUCUCUGUGUUGCAUUAUGAGAUGAUAAACUUCAUGAUUGAAAAAUGGUUUUGUUAUAUA